UGAUAGAGGGUUCGAUAAUUAAGGAGGCCAAGGGUUUUUCAACAGCAACAACAAAGAGAGACAGAAAAAUGUGGAGGAGGAGGAGUCAUUUAUUACUCAGCAACGCCGUAAGAACCUCCCACCACCUCUCCUCUUUAUCGGCUUCCACCGCUUCCAGAGGCAGAACCCUCCUCACUCCCUCCUCCAAUUCUCCCUUAUUUAAACCCCCUUCUCUUCACUUAGCCCCAAACAACCGCCUUUCCUCUCCUCUCUCCUCCACCAUCUCCGUCCGCCUCCUCCGCACCGGCCGCGACCCCUUCACCAGUUAUGAGAUUACGCCACCUGUGAAUGGGGGGGUACGGAUUGUGCCGGAGAAGAAAGCGUUUGUGGUAGAGAGAUUUGGAAAGUACUUGAAGACGCUGCCAUCUGGAAUCCAUUUCUUGAUUCCUCUGGUCGAUCGAAUCGCUUAUGUUCACUCUUUGAAGGAAGUGGCUAGUCAGAUUCCUGAUCAAUGUGCUAUUACCAAAGACAAUGUCAGCAUUCUUAUCGACGGCGUCCUCUAUGAAAAGAUUGUGGCGAAGACACCAAAGAGAGUUGGUGUAGGUGGAGCUAUCAAGCAGAAAGACAUACAAGCUCCAAACAUAGAAAAUGAGAUGGAAGAUUGCGAAGAGUGCACCGCAGCUCUCUCUUUCUAUGAGAUUAGUGGCAGUGAUCUCUUCCAAGUCCACAUGGUGGUAGAGAAUCUUAGAGUCACUGGAGACAUCCCCGAUGAAGGAGGAUGUGAUCGCUUCAUGACGGACGGAGACACCUCAGGCAAGAAGGUGUGUGGGCCAUGA